CUCUCUUUUCUCUCCUGCUCGACCCGACUAACAUCUCACCAACAUUAGAGUGAUGUGGAAGAAGUAUAAUUUUGUGUGGGAUCCUGAGCAGCAGCACACUUUCAAGUAAACCAAACAGGAGAUAGCCUGAGCCAUGGCCCUGGGGCCAGUACAGAUGGGGCAGGAUGUAAAGAACAUCCUCUACACUGCUGCUGGAGGGAAAGGUCCCACUUGGAGUCUGUGGCAGAGCCUCAGAAGAGAUCCGAGGCCGACAGCUGGGAUUCUGGAGUCAAGCAUACAGGAGAUCCGAAGAGUGUUAUACUCUGACUGAGGAGGAGAUCUUAGCUAUGCAUGAAGGGGUUCAGGCUGCUUCCGAAGUAAUCAGCACUGAAACGCAGCUCCUUCUAGCACCUCAACUUCCAUUGCUGAACUGGAUGUUUAAGGGAAAGGUUUCCUCUACCCAUCAUGCUGCUGAUGCCGCUUGGAGUAAGUGGAUUGUGUUGAUUACACAAUGAGCUUGGAUGGGGAACCUCAGUCGUCCAGGAAUCUUAGAAGUGAUCAUAGACUGGCCUGAAGGUAAAAGUUUGGAACAUCACCAGCAGAAGAGGUAUGGCAUGCUAAAGAGGCCCCGCCAUACAAUGAACUACUAGAAAAUGAAAAGAAAUUUGCCCUGUUCACAGUUGAAUCACAUUAUAUUGUGGAGAAGCAUCACGGAUGGAAGCUGCUGUGUGGAGCCCCACACAACAAGUUGCAGAGGCCACCAAAGGUAAAGAAGAAUCAAGCCAACUUGGAGAGGUAAAUGCCAUCCAGCUGGCCUUUGAUGUUGCUGAACAAGAGAGGUGGCCAAUGCUUUAUUUUUAUACUGACUCAUGGAUGGUGGCAAAUGCCUUAUGGCGGUGGUUACAGCAGCAAGAACAAAACAAGUGGCAAAGAAGGGGUAAACCUAUUUGGGCUUCUGAACUGUGGAAAGACAUUGCUGCUCAAAUAAAGAAUAUGGAUGUAAAGGUGCAUCAUGUAGAUGCUCAUGUGCCUAAGAGUCAGGCUACUGAAGAACAACAAAAUAACCAUCAGGUAGAUCGAGCUGCCAAAACUAAGGUGGCUCAAAUAGAUAUGGACUGGCAAUACAAGUGUGCAUUAUUUCUGUCUCAGGGGGCCCAUGAGACCUCAGGACAUCAAGGAAGAGAUGCAACAUAUAAGCAGGCUAGAGACCAAGGGGUGGACUUGACUAUGAAUGCUAUUGCACAGGUUAUUUAUGACUGUGACACAUGUGCCACAAUUAAACAAGCCAAGAAUAUGAAAGCUCACUGGGGGGAAGGGCGAUGGCAGAAGUUUAAUGUUUGUUAGUUGUUGUUUGUAUAUAUUAAGCAUUAUGUAAUGAUGUGGAAUAAGGGGUGGAACAUCAUGGUUUUGUGAUUUCUGGUUAUCAGUACUCCACAUCAUAACAUCAUGUAGUGCAUUAGGAGUUAAAGAGUUAACGCUCCAGUUCCAGGUACCUGGUUCCCAGAAGACAAGAAGAACUACAUACCGCAGAGGACCCUGCAUUCAGAGGGAAGAUAAAACUCCUGGCAUGUCACAAGACUGCCCUCUGUUUUCUCUUCUGCUCAACCCGAUUACACAUCUCGCCAACAUUAGAGUAAGGCCUUCGGUUUUCAGACACUCUCUCAUUUUAUUUGAUUUAUUAGCUUCAAUUCUAAUAACAUUGUAUUAUAUAGUAUUAUAGCGUGUUAUCUUGCAUUCCAAUAUCUUAUUCAGUAAAACAAUUUGUUUCUCCUCA